AGCUGCUCAUUGUAGUUUUCGAAUCGAUUAAAUAUAUUUUCUGAGAUGUUUCAAUGGUUUUAAUUGUUAAAUGUUUCCUUUGUUUGUUCUGUAAGUCACUCUCUGAAAGCAACGUUAGCGUAAACUGCAGUAGAGCUUUGCUAAUUCACACAAAUGAGUGGGAGAGUUAAUGCUUAUUAAUUCACUUGUAAAUUUGGUGAACAAAUUCAGCAUCCUUAAAGUCUGUUGUUUAAUAACUCACCAUAUAUUAUGUUUAUUCAUUUUUAUGUAUUUUUCACAAUGCAUAUCACUUCAAAUUAGUGAAGUCUUGGCAAUGUAAAACCUGGCUUCAGGAAAGUUUGUCGUAAAAACGAGGAGAUACUAGAAUCUGUGAAUGGCACUGGUGGAGAGGCCAUACUGCUGGAACAUAAGUUAAUGAAAUACAAUGUAUAGCUAUUGGAUUAGUUGAGGAAAUCAGAUAUCCUACUUUCAAUGCACCAAGCUCAAAUUGUAAACAGUCUUUAGAUUUUAGAUGUAACACCUCUUGAAUGCAUCUCAGGGUUAGUACUAGGACAGCUAUAACUUCUGUACUUAGAUUGCUGUAUGUUUUUAAUUAUGAAAGCUAUUUGUAAUCCCUCUUGAGAAACUUUGCCAGCUCUAUUGUUUGCAGUAGGCUUGUAUAAUCUGGAAGAGUGAAGAGACUGAAGAAGCGCCUCUGCUUUGUGCUGUGAAAUUCUAUUCAAUCCUAGCCAAGUUAUACGUUGUUUAAAAAUUACCAUUUCCCUUCUCUGCUUAUGUUUCUCAGAAAACAUUGUCAAGAAGCCAAACAAUAAUUGAACCUCAGUCUUCUAAAAAGCCUGGCAAAACUACAACUAUGACAUGCAAAGAGCUGGGGGGGGAGAUAUGGGGAGGUGGAGGAAGAAAAGCAGGCAAGUUCAUGGUCUCUCAGCUACUCUCUGCGGCCUGGCAUGUGGUGCGAGUGUGGCAGCUUACUCUCUAGGAACACCGUGCUUGGCAGUCAUCCUGGGAUCCCAAAGGAAAAAGAGAGAAGGAAACUAUUCGAAGCAAGUCCUCCUGCUUGCUCUCACUCUUCAUCCCAGCGCCCCGUUCUGCUUCUGUAACAGCAACAUCAUUUUUACCUUCUGUAGGGAGAGAAAAUAGGAGCAGCUAGAAAAGAUUAAUUUCCAUCUAAACACCAUAUUGUCCACAGUGGCCACCAUUCUGCUAUAUCACCAUUCUGGCUAUAAGUUUGGCCUGUUACGUUAGUCUUGCAGCUUAAAAAGGGAUUGGUUGUGCUAGCACCAUUGUAUCCCAUGUUGACAAAAAAUGGAAUGCAACUGUUGGCUACACUGUUUUCCUACACUUUUCGUUUAAAAGCUUGUGUGUCCCAACAGAAUAUUUCAGGUUGUGAGGUCAAGACUUAGAAGUUGGGACAUGUCGAAAGUAUGGUUGCCUGUGCAGCUGUCACUUUAUCCUUUUGGGUAUGAUUCCGUCUUUUCUUGUAUGAUUAUGGAGCUGGCCGCUUACCUCUCGUCUGAAUUCUUGAUCACGGAUCCUACUGAACUCUUGUCUUAUUUGUUGCCCCCGCUGGAUGUAGAAGGGCACAAAGUUAUAGUGAUCUAGUUGUCAUCUCUAAACUUCUUAGACCGUAAAUUACCUUGUAAGUCUGUUCUUUCUCUAUGCAGUCAUACACAUUAAUGCAGAAAUAUAAGGUCAAAUAAUAAUGAAACAUUAUAGGGUUAAAUUAAUCCUUUAGUAGCUUCAUUAAUUUGAUGGGAUUACACAAGAGACUAGGCUGAUUUAUAAUGUAAAUCCAUUUUAGUAAAAGGUAGGGAAAUGACUAAAUGAACAAUUGCAGUUAAAGAUGCAUGACUCUAAUAGAGUUUAAUUUUAAAUGACUGCAAAGAAAGUAGUACAUGCCACUCUAUUUUGUUAAGCUAGAAAUAAAUAAAAUACACUGCGACUGUUGUAGCUAAUUAGCUAACUGCUCAACUAGUUAGCUUUUAAAACAAGAUCAUACUUAAGUGCCUUAAGCUUUUAUUAAUUGCAUGGACCCAAAAAUCCCCUAUAGUAAUUGAAAAUUUAAUUACAUACUUUUUUGCUCAAGAAUGGAAGCUUAUUAAACUUUAAACACUUAAACAUCUAUGGAAGUACCAGUGGCUAUAAACAACAUGCAAUUCUAAGUACUAAUUAAACAGGAAGGCUAAAUCACUAUAAAGCUAAACUGAAUUUUAAGUAACUUUGUACUGGUAAGUGCUCCUAUUUUUUUUUUUUUCAUGCAAUAUAAGAUUUACCGUUUCCUCUGCAAACAUGGCUGAAGUCCUGUGCGGUUUUAGUAUCUGUCUCUACUUUGGCAGACAGGCUGUAUUGUGGAAGUAUUUGGAGUGAGGAGGAUCCCUAAGGGAAUGGGCAGGGAGCUGUUUAAGUGGUCAGCUGAGGUUGCUGAUGGCACUGACACGUGCAGAAGGCAUGGGCACGUGGUAGAAUAAGACUGGUGAAAAACAGGGAGAGGUGACUUUGUGGGACUGGUCAGAAAAGCCAUCUUCCAUGCACAAGUGACUCAGAAGAUCUCUGACCUGAUAACAGUUACCUGUUGAAAGGUCCUUAAAUUCUCUUUGAUUUACAGAAACUUCAUGGAACUGCGACCAGAGAUUCUGAUAUCUCUAUUCCGUUUUUCAGAUCCAAUCUGAUGCAAGUUACUGUCAGUUGAUCAGCUGAUUUGAUGGCUCGGUUAAUUUUCUUUGGACGGAUGUCUGCGCCUCUAAAUUAACCAUCAGUGUUUGCAUUCUUAUUAACACAAGAUAAAGGUAGAAAGGCCCACUCAGUCUGAACUAUCCUCCCAUUUUUAGAUGGUGCUCAGUUGGGUGCUUUUUUGGAUAUAAAAGUUCAUUUUUUGCUUCUGGUCAGUCAACCCAACAACAAGACCAUUAAUACGUUACGGUUGAAGGAGGUUGCCCAUGCUGUGUUAUCCUAUGCUGCUCAAGGCAAGUCUCUACCUAAAGGAGCAUUUGAGAUGCUGCUGAUUACUGUAUGCCUGCCUAUACUGGAAUUUAAAAUGCCUCUAGGGAUAGCAGAAGUAACCUAGUGGGAUUAAUGGCAAAGGACGCACCAGAAUACAGGUUAUUUUCAAAGAGUCUUCCAAGCGCCGAUUGUGAGGGCUGCCAGUUCAUCAGACAAAUAUAAUUCCUCUCUCAUCAGAGUGCUGCAGAAAAUACUCAAACAGUAAACACUUGAUAUGUUUGUCUUCUGUGGCAACCACUGUGUUUUCGUACUGUUUUUUGAAUAUUCAGAGACAGCUGUGAUCUUGCCUUUUGAUAUGUGGGCAAACACAACAGCAGUUUUGCUCCAGAUAAAUCAGCGUGAGCAAUCGCGUUUAAAAGAUUGUACAGGUGGCUUUCGCAACAAGUGGUGACUCCAGCUUCUCUCUCGCCCCUCAGACUCGGGCUCAGAAGAUUCAAGUCAUGCAAGAGAAACAGUAGAAGGGCGACAAUGCAAAAUCUGUUUUCCAAAUACCAACAACAGUCAGAAGAACGGGAGGGGGAAGAUCCUUUCAUCCCAGAGCACCAGCGUUUUGUCUUUGGUUUUUCAUUUGCUUGCGACUGUUGACAGAAUUUGUCCGUUUCUUCUUGCAGCACCUCUUUGGAACUGGUCUAGUUCAUUCAAAAAAUAUUCAUCUACUGGUCAUUUACAGAGCAUUCUUCAUCCUCCAAAUGCUUUAUAAAAAUCAUCUUUGUACCACUUCUGGCAGGCAGGUGGUGUUGCAGCUCACUUAGGAUAGGGAAACAGAAUGGUUGUUUAAUUUUAUCAAGACGGUAAAAAGUAGCAAGGGGGGGGGGGGUAUAGUUUCUUCCCUUUUUCCCGGAGAGUUGGAUUCUGUUUUCUAGAAAACCAGAAUGAAGACUUUACCAGUCUUUUUGUUAAUAUAUGAAACAGAAAUACACAAAAAAAUCCCAGGAAACGUUGUUAAAAGCAAAGGCCCAGCCCUUUCCUAAUUGUGUCACUAGAUGGCCCCAUGUCUGAAGCAAACAUCCCAGGGGAAAAAAAAAAUCUGCGAUACUGGAAGACCCUUUCCCUGCUCUACCCAGUACUUUUUACAGAUUAGCAGGCACAGGGGUAAACACUAGUCUCAAAAUAAAACACUUGAGAUAGCACAAUCAGCUAGUGUGAAAAUUAGCAGGAGAAUGCUCUGUGGUGUCCGCUGCUGCGUGCAGUGCAGAAGGAGCAGACGCGUCUGAGCUGACAAAGGAAAGGCACAGUGAAGAGGUAGGCUGCUUUUGCGGUAUGCUCCACCACCCAAAAGCACCCUUUCUGCAGUUUGCUAUAAUGAAGCCGCGUUCCAAGAGGCCGGAAAGAAUAGAGCGAUUGUGUAUGAAUAUCCCUUUAACGCAUCUUUGGGUCCUUAAAAACCUAAGUUAUUGCUUUAAUCACUAGUAGUUCUUUGUCUUGUUUGUGUGCCAAGAACUUGCGGAGAGCGGAAGUCAUUGCUACAGAGGCUGAAGCUCAGUGUCCAGUAUGAAGAGGCCAAAGAUUCGUGGGUUUGUCUCCCACAGAUGCCACUUUCUAACACUUGGGCUAGGCUUUUUCUGAGGGAGGGAUGAGGUCACUGUCUGAGUCGGGUAAGAGGAGUGGAAACUAGGAGUGGAAGUGGGAUUCUAUAUUCCUAUUACUGUACAAUAUGAUCUGGAAUAUAGGUGCUAUAAACUACCUCUCUCCCCCAUCCACUGAAUCAAUGGCAGUUCUUCAGGCUCAUGCUGCCUCCCCUACAUGAGCUGAGGAUGCCAGCAUCCUAAAAGAGAGAAGAAAUAGUUUAUUUGUCUAAAUGGGAGUUCGAAAAUACCUGCUGCUCCUGUGAUCCCGUCUUCAAAUCCCAGUGAGGCAGACUGAAGCUGAUAUGCUUAUUUCUAGAGCUUUCCUUGUAAUGACUUCUGGUGAGACCCUAAAAUCUCAGAGCUUCUCUGUUUGCAGAGAUGAAGCACGUAUGGCAGCACUAUAUGCACCCCCAGAUAUAGUUUAACUGCAUGACGGCGAAGAUAUGUUUUCCACUGCCAUGCUCUUAUCACUGAACCAAAUGCAAAUACCUGUGGUCUCUCAAGUCUGUGAGGAGAAAUCUAUGGCACUGGCUCCAUACUGAAAUUUCUGCAGGUAGGGGCCUGACUUUGGUCACGCCUGUGUUUAAAAAUUGGGCGAGUCUGGCAUUAUCCGGAGCUAUCAGUUCUUCAAAUGUUCUGUAUUUCACAUGAAACGAGAGGUGCCAACAGUGCCCAGUUGGUCUUUGCAGCGUAGUCACGCAGAUCCCAGACCUGUUCUCCACCGCCCCAUCUCAGAGCACGCAGAAGACGGGUUUUGCGGGGAAGGGACACGCGAGGUUUGCUUGCGCAGCCCUUGGAGAUGCUGUGCAUGAGGUCCAUAAGAGUCCUAUCCCGAAAUCCCUAUCGGCCUGAACAUGUUGGAGAGCCGUAAUCACAGUAAGGGAAGUAACUUAUUUUUUCAACCUCAAGGUAAUUUUCUUUCCUCUGGGAAAAGGUUUCUGCCCAUCCAGGAUCCCAGAUAAUGCGUAAGAAAAAUUACAUUGAAAACCACUUCUGUUUAUUAACGGUGAGUUGUUUUACAGUUCUUAGACGCUCUUGUCUUAAUUUGCUUGUUUCCACAGGCUACAUUUAGAUGCUGUUUACAGCAAUAAAGAGAAUGUUACGUUUGAUCUAGAGUUCUCUCUUAAUUCACAGGAUGAGAUGCGAACAGAAGCUCGUCGAAAAAAUCUCCUCAUUCUGAUUUUGCAUUACUUAAUGGAGGAAGGGUAUAUUGAUGCUGCAAAUGCUUUGGAACAAGAGACAAAAUUAGGUUUACGUGGCUUUGAAGUUUGUGACAACAUUGAUCUUGAGACAAUUUUGAUGGAAUAUGAAAGCUAUUACUUUGUAAAAUUCCAGAAAUAUCCUAAGAUUACUAAAAAGGUCCUAGACACUGCAGAAAAUAAACAGCAGCUGAGAACUGGAGGAAAGCCAAGAAGGGCAGCAAGCUCUUCCCAGAAUCUCCCAAGGAUCAAACAUCAGACAGUGCAGCGACCGUUGUCAAAAACUUCACCUGGGAGCACAACAGAACGUAAAUCGUCCCCCAAGGAGAGCCCCAAGCAGAAUAAUGACAGUACUCUGGAGCAAUCCGACUUCGGCUUAAGCAUCUCAGCAAUCAACAAAACUGGAGGAGGAGAAAGCACUCACCCAAGGAGGGGCCAAAUAGUUGACUUCCGUGGGAUGAUCCAAGAUGCUAUCAAAGUAUCAUCAAAUGAAAUAGCCUUCAGCAGUCUUAAUUGUGAUCCAGAUCCAUCAGAACGAUUAUUAAAACCUCUUAGUGCUUUUAUUGGCAUGACUGGUGAGAUGAGAGAACUUGCGACGGUUAUAAGCAAAGACAUUUAUCUCCAUAAUCUAAACGUGAAGUGGGAUGAUAUUAUUGGACUGGACGCAGCCAAAAGGCUAGUCAAGGAAGCAGUCGUUUAUCCCAUAAGGUACCCACAACUGUUUACAGGCAUUCUCUCUCCUUGGAAAGGAUUAUUGCUGUAUGGACCACCAGGUACUGGAAAAACUUUGCUUGCUAAGGCUGUUGCCACUGAAUGCAAUACAACGUUUUUCAACAUAUCAGCAUCCACUAUCGUCAGCAAAUGGAGGGGUGAUUCAGAAAAACUUGUCCGGGUGCUAUUCGAGCUUGCCCGGUACCAUGCUCCUUCCACAAUUUUCUUGGAUGAGCUGGAGUCAGUUAUGAGUCAAAGAGGUGCUGCUACUGGUGGUGAACAUGAAGGAAGUCGGCGGAUGAAAACAGAAUUACUGGUGCAGAUGGAUGGCUUGGCCCGAUCUGAUGAUCUUGUAUUUGUUUUAGCAGCUUCCAAUCUGCCAUGGGAGUUAGAUUCUGCCAUGCUGCGGCGCCUGGAGAAGAGGAUUUUGGUCGACCUCCCCAGCAAAGAGGCACGGCAGGCAAUGAUUCAGCACUGGCUGCCCCCGCUGAGCAACAGCGGAGGAGUAGAGCUGCGAACAGAUCUGGACUACGGCUUAUUGGGCCAGGAAACAGAUGGCUACUCUGGCUCAGACAUUAAACUGGUGUGCAAGGAAGCAGCUAUGAGGCCAGUGAGAAAAAUUUUCAACGCUCUUGAAAAUUAUCAGCCAGGUAACAGUAACUUACCCGUGAUCCGACUGGACACGAUCACAACAGCAGAUUUCCUGGAUGUGAUCGCCCACACCAAGCCAUCAGCAAAGAACCUGAGCCAGAAGUACACGGCCUGGCAGAGAGAAUUUGAGUCAGUUUGAAAAGACAAACAUCAAAAACUUCAAAGACUUUUGCCAUCCAAAAUGGCAUUUUCAUUGCCUCCAAAGGAUUUGAAUGGUGACAGAGAAGGAAGUGCUGCUGUUUUCAGGAAGGUGAAUGCAAUGAGAAAUGUGAGGGGGAAAUCUAUACUUUCAGAAUUGUAAAGGGGGGAAUUUUUUUUUUUUUUGAAAAUGGCUAGUUUAAAUUACCAUUCUAAAAUAUUCUUCGUGGAAGUAAUGUAAUGGCAGAAUGGCAGCUGCUAUAUAAUGGAUACUCCACCAUUAAUUUUAUGAUAAAGACUUAUAAACUGAUUGUUUUUCAGUCUUUAUUCAUUACAGCUGUUUUCAGGUUUGGGGGGAGGACUGGAGCAGAAAACUUGUCAAGAAGUUAGAUGUUCAGCCUAAUUCUUCCGCUCUGAGACUCACUUAAGCAUCACAAUCAGUGUAGCUUUACCAGCAGAGACCUGCGUAGUUCUUAAAGAAACAUGACUAUUUUCAAUGAAAGAAUAAAUUCAGGACCUUA